AGGGGUUUUUACUUCAAAUUCGAAGACGACGAUUUACUUCCAAAACAAGAGGCACGGGUUUGGCGACCGCGGAGUUUUCACUACGAUAAUGUUGCUGCUGCUAUGUUAACACUUUUUGCUGUACAGACCGGCGAAGGAUGGCCUCAAGUUCUACAACACUCCAUGGCUGCCACAUAUGAAGAUAGGGGUCCAAUACAAAAUUUCCGGAUCGAAAUGUCCAUAUUUUAUAUUGUAUAUUUCAUUGUAUUUCCAUUCUUCUUCGUAAACAUAUUCGUUGCCUUGAUUAUCAUUACAUUUCAAGAGCAAGGCGAAGCCGAAUUGCAAGACGGUGAAAUUGAUAAGAAUCAG